CCUGUCUGAAAUUGAGCCAUGUGCGUCGACAGCGCCAGAAUGGUUCCCUGGGUCUCACUAUUCGGUAAUUCAUGAUCAUGGGGAAUAAAAAGGCGACCCUUCUUCCCUACCGCAGGGGCUCUGGGUCUUCAGAGGCGGAUUUCUUUGAUAUCCCCGACGAGCCAUGUCUUGCGGUUGCGAAGCGGCAACUAAGACGCGUUCGGACCUGGAUUUUCUUCGCAGUCUUCAUCAUUCUGAUACUUUGGUUUCGCCGUGAAGCCCCUUCGCCUGCUCCUGUUUCGCAUAUCGACUAUAAUAAGGUCGAUUGGUCGCGUUACGCCUACAGUCAGUAUGCGACGUCGAGCGCAUAUCUGUGUAACGCCGUGAUGGUGUUCGAAGCUCUGGAGCGAUUAGGUAGCCGAGCGGAUAGAGUUCUUUUCUAUCCGGAAGACUGGGAUCUGUUCGUUGCAGAUGAUCAUGACAGGGACAGCCAGUUGCUAGAGCUCGCCAAGGAGAAGUACAAGGCGUUGCUGGUACCUAUUAGUGCGGAAAUGAUCAAGGCUGGGGGAGGCUCUGGCGAACCUUGGGAUAAGAGUAUUGCGAAAUUGCUCGCAUUCGGCGAGACAGAAUACGAUCGCGUGAUACACAUUGAUUCCGACGUUACCGUUCUCCAGAGUAUGGAUGAACUCUUCUUCCUCCCACCAGCCAAAGCCGCUAUGCCUCGCGCUUACUGGGCGCUCCCGGAUACAAAGCAACUUUCGUCCCUGCUGAUCGUGAUUGAACCCUCUUAUCGCGAAUUCAAAGCCCUCAUGGAGAGUGCUCAGCCAGCUCUCCACGGCCAAGUGGAAGUUGAUUCGAAUGAGACACAGAGGUAUGAUAUGGAGCUGUUGAAUAAUCGCUUUGCAGAUUCGGCCUUGGUUCUUCCGCAUCGGCAAUACGGCCUAGUUACCGGCGAGUUCCGGAAAAAAGAUCACCGCAAUUUCUUUGGAAAUGACUAUGAGACUUGGGAUCCUGACAAGGUCCUGGCAGAAGCCAAACUUGUGCACUUCUCUGACUGGCCUUUACCAAAACCCUGGGUGCUUUCAAACCAGAAGCUACUUGCUGAGAUUCUACCCAAGUGUGACUAUAAACCCGGCACAAUGCAAGAAAGGGGGUGUCGUGAUCGGGAGGUAUGGAAGUCUCUCUACGAAGACUUCCGUCGAAGACGAAAGGACAUUUGUAAACUACUUAGUUACCCUGCUCCCGAUUGGCCUCCAAUAGAGAAGCCUCACUAGGACCAUCUCCUCAGCUUUUACGGAUACUUUUCUAGCCAUAAUAUUUCCACCCGCGGCAAAUGGAACGGUGUUCAAGGUCAGGCAUGUGCAAUGCCAAUUUGCUGGUUACAUAGAUGGAUCAUCAUCCAAUGUAUAUUACCAGGUAAUGGGAGUUAAGGACCAAAACAAAGGUAAACCACCGAGAUGAAUGCAAAUGCUAUUUACUCAAGAAUCGGAUAGCACAUGGUAAU